AUGUCAUGCGAAGAGAGCAAUGUACCGCUUGUAUAUUAUGGACUGCACGCAGUGAAAAUAGUGAAAGUAGUUGUGCCGGAAAUAAUUCAGUAUGGUGUUGAGGACGCGGUGUUACUUGACUGUGACUUCACAUAUGGUAACGACACAGCCGGUCUCAUGGUGAAGUGGUUCUUCAAGAACAAAGCGAGGCCCGUAUACCAAUGGAUUGCCUCGCAAAAGCCUCAAGAUAUGGGCAUAUUACGAGGCCGUGUGGACCUAACAUAUAAAGCCUCGAAUGACCCAUUAAAAAUGCACAGAGCACUACGAAUAGUGAAGCCAAACACAGAUAUUUCGGGAGAUUAUACCUGCGUAGUCUCCACUUUUAUGGAGGAAGAUUCGAAAACAAAACAAAUGAUUGUCUUUGCGCCGGAGACGAACUUCCGGCUGGUGCAGAAUAAGACUGACGAUGACACAGUGAACGUCAUCUGUGCGGCGGACGGCGCCUUCCCCGCCCCUAACCUCACUCUUGCCACGCCUGAGAGGCACUUAGAUGGCGUAUCACAUCACCUAAAGCUGGUCAAUGGGCGGUAUUCCGCUGUGGCGACGGUGACGCUACUCGACGCUGACCUGCCGUCCGCGGCUGAGUUCAUAUGCACACUUAGGAUACCGCAAGCCAAGUACGCAGUGCGGAAAGAGGCUAUAUACUAUCCAGGUCCUAUCAGUACGACGCCAGAGAUGCCAACCGCUGCAGACAUGCAGUUAGCAGCCGCUGUUGGUUCAAGAGGUAAAUAUUAA